AUUUCUAUCUCGAUGUAAACAUUUCAGUUUUCAAACCAUAUCGCUACAUGCGUUUCUGGGACUUACUUUUUGUUUCCCUGACCAAAAGAAAAACCAAUGGUAGUUCAUUUAUGUUAUUAAAAAGCCGCUCCAUAAAAAUAAACUAAAACGGAUAUGGGUGUUCGAGGCUUAACAACCUACAUAGGUACUAACGCAGAACGCUUUUUGCAACCGUUCGAGUUACACGAUUGCGAUUUAGUAAUCGACGGGGACAAUCUAUGUAUACAACUUUUUGUUCGUUCUGAAGACAGGAUGGGAGCCUUCGGCGGGAAUUAUGACCACUAUUUCCGUGCGGUGGUAGCUUUUUUUGAACUACUUUCCAAGUGUAACGUUAGACCAUUCGUACUGCUGGAUGGUGGUUAUGAAAAGAGUAAACUGAAAACGGUAUGCGAACGAUUACUUGGUAGGAUUCAGAUCAUCAAACAUUUGAAAGCGGUGUCGAGUCGGCCGAUUAUUCCACUGCUGGUUCGUGAAGUUUUCGUAGAGGCAUUACGUGCAACAAAAGUAUCAUUCAUGCGAUGUCUCUUUGAAGCCGACAAUGAGAUUGCUGUUUUGGCUAGGAAACUUGAUUGCCCUGUGCUGAGUUACGACAGUGAUUUCUAUAUUCACAAUGUUAAGUAUGUACCAUAUGUAACGGUGACACAUAAAAUCUAUCGGAAAGUUAUAGAGAAUGAUCAACAUUAUGCAAUAGAGUUGAUGGAUCAUAAAAAUAAACGGAGGAAUCGAGUUUUAGUGAAACAAGGUGAAGGAGACAUCCAAGUUGAUCAAAUUAAAGAAUCCUAUUGCUACUUGGACUGCAGCCUUUACACAAUCGAAAACUUAAUAGGUUCUAGUGAGCGCCUUUCGCCAGAACUGUUGCCACUGUUUGCUGCUCUGUUGGGGAACGAUUAUAUUGAAAGACGCGUCCUAACCAAAUUUUACGCUUCACUCCGCACCGGUAAAGUUAGUCGAAAGGUGGCUCCACAACAACGAUGGAUCGAAGCAAUUUUGAAGUGGCUCCAACGUCAUUCGAUAAAAUCAGCCGUUAAAGCCGUACUCGGGCAGGUACGAGAGAAGGGUCGGGAAAAAUUAACACGCCAACUCCAGGGAGCAAUGUACGGAUAUAACUGCGAACAAUGCUCUUCGUAUGAAUAUUUUGGUUUCGUGGAGCAACCUGAGAUAUUCGAUGAAGUUGAUGAGAAAUUUCAGGAGUACCUAAAACAGAAUGAAGAUGUAGUUUUACAAAGUGCUGCUUCUGAUGAGGAGAAUUCAAAUGACGACGAGGAAGCAUACGAAUCUUUGAGCGAAUCACAUGAAGAUCCAUCAGAGAACGAAGCAGACGAGAGGUCGAUGAAUUAUAAGUCUUUUCGGUGGGACCAUUGGUUGCUGGAGAUUUAUCAAGCAGCUCUUACCCCUCGAUUUGUGAUGGAUCUUUAUUACUCGAGUCAGUAUGUGAAUUAUCCUCAAGUAGAGAAUAUCGCCAGGCCUGAUAGCAAUUCGCUUUGCUACGACAAAUUAAAAUACAUUUUUGCUUUGCUGAAAAGUUCGAAAAAAGCGCAAAAUUUUCGAUACCUUACAAGGCUCGAAAAAGUCGCAAGAUAUCAAUGGAUAAAGUUUCAGGAUGUUUCUUUGCCUGAAUCGAUCAAGUAUGAUCCAUUCGAGGAAAAAAAUAUGCCAUUGUUGAAAGCAGUUUUUUCACACUUUACUAAUAGUGAAGAUAUUUUUAAUACUGUUCAGCAACUACCGAGUAAUCUACAGUUAUACUUUUUAUGUCUGGUCUUCUGGGCUGUCAAAAGUAACGACGUAUCAUGUGUUCAUAUCCAUACUGUAAUUGUAUGUAUACUCCAGUUGCAAAUAGUAGAUAAGCAUAUUACGAACAAAUCACGGGACCUCAAAGUAUUUCAAAAAAAUUUGAAAUCCUAUUUGGAAACGCAGAAGAAAAAUAUUAACAAAAUGUCAGUGUGCGAGUAUCAAACCGAGCUAUCAACGAAGCAAGCGAUAAAAAAGCUAUCCUCAUCGAUAACCAAAUCAGAAGCAACAUUGACAUAUGAGAUUUUAUUACCCCGCUUCUCUAUCCCCGAGCGCUAUCACCGUAAACACGCCGAGUUCGAUCGUCUAGUGGCACACACUUUUGCUGAAUUGCAAGCCGUCAUGCUGAAUCUGUUUACGCUGAACGCCUUACUGCGGCAUCCCUUUGAACCGCUUCGGGUCCAUGAACUGUACAAUGGAAUCUUUCUUCACAAUGUUUAUCACUCGCUAAAAUCGCGGAUAGAUCCGGAAGAAUAUGUCAAGGGUACAAUCUUUCGCUAUUCAGGGACACUAUUUGCCAUUCACCAAGUUUUGUAUCGGUGCGUGAUGCGAUUGGUACCCGAAUUAGAAAGCAGAACCAACAUUUCUCACACUAAAAACCAAGCUAGGAAAAAGAAAUCCGUUGGGGCAAACGAGCAUAAGCGGCAACAUCAGAAAGUGAACAAUGAUUGUGUUGUGGUAAAGGAAAAGAGCGAGAACACGGAUAGCGAGCAGGAUGAAUUCGAGGAUUUAAACAAUCAAUUUAGUCAGUUGCUGCGGGUUAUGUGAUGACGAUGUUGAUGGUAAGAUUUAUGUUUUGUUUUACCAACUCACUUGGACAGACUUGGAGGUUUUGUUCAAAGAAUUACAAUAUUUCAGUGACAGAAUGUAAAUAAAUAUUUAUUUCGACAUUA